GUGCUGCUGUUCGGAUGGGGUGCUGCCGCUGAGCAAGUUCUCAAGGAAUUGUCCUCGAUCGGCACUGAGCAGGUGGGUGGAAGCUUACCUUCGUCGGCUGUCUUCUGCAUUUCACAGACAUCGCAAGCAAAAGACUGUGAUUUGCGGGACGUUUGCGCAGCUCUUGGCUUCAAAUGCGUACUUUCUGACAGUGAAGUCGAGAUCUUGGAAAUGGUACGCGGCUUUCGGCCAGACUUGAUUGUCUCUGCGUCUUACAGGAAAAAAUUGCCUGGUAGCGUGUUGAAUCUGUGCCCUGAUUGUAUCAACUUCCACCCCUCUCUACUGCCCAAGCAUCGGGGAUGUUGGUCAGGCUUCUGGUGCAUUUUUGAGGGCGACGCCGAGACAGGUGUCACGUGCCACCGCAUGGUGGAGGCGUUCGAUGCUGGACUCGUGCUGCACCAGGAACGUAUCGUGGUGGACGAGGUGGACACCGCCUUCUCUGUUUACCGGAAGCUAUUGCCGGUGACGGCACGGUGUGCGCGGCAGGUGUUCUUGCGGUAUUUCGGUUCCGAAGGUCUCCCUGCAGGCGAAGAGCAGAAAGGUGAAGGCUCCUACCACUACAGGAAACUCCCAUUCGAUGGCCUGAUCCAACCUGACUGGUCUGAUCAGCAGGUCGCGCGCUUCAUUCGGGCGAUGGAGUUCCCGCCGUUUGAUGGUGCAGCCGUGCUGGUGGACGGCAAACGAGUGCUGGUCGACUCCGUCGAGGCAUAUCGCGGCCUGAUGCGCGGCGGUGCAGCGCCCGAACCAGCUCCGCAAAGUUCGUGA